AUGAGACAACAACUAUCUCCCGUCCUGGCGUCACUCGCGAGCGUCUUCAAGAUCCCAAUUGCCCGUUCAUCAGCAUCCUUUGCUUCCUCCCCAUUGAGCUCCUCAUCAUUCUUGCAAGCACCGCUAUCGAGCAGGUUGUGCGGUGAGCUGCGGACUUCAGUGUUUUCGCGACCAUUUUCCGCCGGCCCUGUGCUAUCUGCGCGGAAAGGGAAGAAAGUGAUUGAUAAGCGCGUUACACUCAUCCGCUACUUCCUUUAUCACCCCUUAACACCACGGCCCCUCCGUUUUUCCCGCAACCGCUACCUGCGCCAUUGGACCAUCCACCGUGCCUGGCAACUCUACUGCGCCAAGAAGCGUGAGGCACGCCAGCUCGAGCUCGAACGCCAGUGGAACAGCAUGCGGGAUGCGUGCGAGGAGCUACGAACGGGAGCAGGGGAUGGUGGCAAGUUGUUCCGCAUUUCAAUGAAUAAAAGAGGCGUCUUCACGGACCAGAUACCGAUUGAGUAUGGUAGGAUGCAGACGGAGGGGCCUAGACUUCUGUACUAUCCAUUAUAUUAA